GCUGUCCUGGAACUCACUAUGUAGACCAGGUUAGCCUUGAACUCACGGAGCUGUGCACCUGCCUCUGCCUCCUGAGCCAGUACUACAGGGAAGGAAGAGAAGCGUCUUGAGAAGCAUCAAGGGGAGAUAGCCACUAGGACAAGGAGCUGGCUCCCGCCUCACACAGCCAUAGCAUAGACACUGUCUUAUUCUUGCUGUUGCAGGGCCUGAUGGCCUUUGAGGAUGUGGCUGUGUACUUCUCCCAGGAGGAGUGGGUGUUCCUGGAUGCAGCCCAGAGGGCCCUGUACCGCCAUGUCAUGCUGGAAAACUUCGCCCUUGUAGACUCCAUAGGUAAAGCCCUGAAUCCUCCAUUGGAAGCAAAACUGGGACCAGGACUCUCCAUCUCCCGGCCUCGUGUGAUCAUCCAGCUCCAGCGUGGCGAGGAACCCUGGGUCUCCAAUAGGACAAAUACAGGCCCAGGCAGGGGCACCCGCAGGAGACCCAGCCUUGGAUCCAAUUACAAUGCCAGGGGCAGACACAUGCCUAGCGAUGCAGCGCUUCCAGGGGCCACCUGUGACAGUCCUGAUGGGAUACCUACUAGUGCCCUUCCUCCUGCUGAUGCCUGCCGGGAUGCAAAAGUCCUGGAGGGCCACCAGAGUGCCUCCCUGUCUCUGCAGAGAAAACCUACAGGGGUAUCUGUGAUCUACUGGGAGCAGCUACUGCUAGGUCCCAGCAGCAGUGAGGCAACUGUGAGCCUGCGGUUGACCUCCCCUGCGGGGCUUCCUGAAGAUGGUUCAUCCAGAGUAAAGGCCUUCUCUGACAUCCUGGCCCCGGGAAAGCAGCCACGCACGGCAGCGGAGCCCCAAAAGCCAGAGAUGCAGCUAACCCCUGGGAGAGUCUUCCCAAGCAUCCCAGACCUCCAUGGGGUGGAGGAGGGACACGGAAUGAGCGGGGCUUGGCACGAACCUCAGAGAGACCCCAGUGUUCUGGAGCCCCCAAUAUGGGAUGAGCUAGGCGGUGCUCUCCAGACUGGCCCAGGUCUUCUCUCUGGGGACAAACCUUUUGAAUGCAGGGCAUGCAACAAAGUGUUCGUGAAGAGCUCCGACCUCCUCAAGCACCUGCGCACCCAUACAGGAGAACGGCCGUACGAGUGCGCCCAGUGCGGCAAGGCCUUCAGCCAGACAUCCCACCUGACUCAGCACCAGCGCAUCCACAGCGGGGAGACGCCCUAUGCAUGCCUGGUGUGCAGCAAGGCCUUCCGACACAGCUCCUCCCUGGUGCGCCAUCAGCGCAUCCACACGGCCGAGAAGUCCUUCCACUGCAGCGAGUGUGGCAAGGCCUUCAGCCACGGCUCCAACCUCAGCCAGCACCGCAAGAUCCACGCGGGCGGGCGGCCCUACGUCUGCGCUCAGUGUGGCCGCCGCUUCUGCCGCAACUCGCAUCUCAUCCAGCACGAGCGCACGCACACCGGGGAGAAGCCCUAUGCCUGCUCCCUCUGCGGGGCAGCCUUCAGUCAGGGCUCUUCGCUCUUCAAGCACCAACGCGUGCACACGGGAGAGAAGCCUUUCUCCUGCCCGCAGUGUGGCCGUGCCUUCAGCCACAGCUCCAACCUCACGCAGCAUCAGCUGCUGCACACGGGCGAACGACCCUUCCGCUGCGGGGACUGUGGCAAGGCCUUUGCCAAGGGCUCAGUGCUGCUCAGCCACCGGCGCAUCCACACCGGUGAGAAGCCCUUCGUGUGCACACAGUGUGGCCGCGCCUUCCGCGAGCGCCCUGCCCUCAUACAUCACCAGAGGCUCCACACGGGGGAGAAGGCCCUGCAGAGGCCCCGGGGUGGCAUGCACUCCCAAGCCAGGUCUCUGGGGGCAUCCUUGGAAGGCACACUUCCCAAGGCCACCUUAGGCCCGGCAGCAGUCCCAAAGCUAGCUGAGACCUGAGGUCAAAGCUAUGCCCUCGCACGCCGCCUUUGAAUCCCUUUCACCCACUGUUGAAAAGUCCGUGUCCUCAGCCAGUCCACCGAGAAGCCUGGUUAUGUGAAGAAGACUUGCCAGUCAGUUCUAUUUACAGAUGACACGAUCUGCUGUUCAGCCACAAUUCACACCUACACCCUGAAAGAAGCCAUUCUGGAAAGGCAUCCGGAGUAUGCAUGUACCCUCUGGGACUGGUGGAGCAGACAAGGACUGCCCCCAGAAUCAGGGAGUGACCCACAGACAUUAUCUUCAUGUUGAUCAGCGUUCCCUGACUGUGGCUUUGAAAACAGGAAAAGAGCAGGCAGUAGAUAGAGACGGCCAGAGGAAUCUGCCUGGGCUCAAACUAGCAGCUAGAGAUAUAUACCCCCAGGGCUCAGUGCAUUCAGUCAGUUUCCUUGCUGCGAGCCUCAGGCAAAUAAAUGGUUUGUUUCUGAA